CAUGAUUAUCUAGGCACUUUCACUUUUCCAUAUAUAGGAGCAGCUCAGGGACUGACAGAUCAGGCUAGGUAGGGAUACAGACUUCAGGCACAUGCGUUCUCCUUGUGUGCAUGCACAGAUGCAAGCGUAUGCUGCUUGCACACACUGAAAUUCAAGUUAGCGAAAGAGGUGACAAGUGAAGACAGUGAUAGUCCUGCUGAUAAAGAACCUUCUCCUUAAAGAGAAGGUACUAAAGGUAGAACUCUUCAACCACUGUUUAUAGUAAUUCAUCAGGAAAAGCAUCACAACCAUGAAUGGACCAGUGGAUGGUUUAUGUGAUUACACGCUGGAUGAUGAAGGGGCUUUCAUGUUCACGUCGGAGUCAGUGGGAGAAGGACAUCCAGAUAAAAUCUGUGAUCAAAUCAGCGAUGCUGUACUAGACGCCCACCUCAGACAGGACCCAAAUGCCAAGGUUGCUUGUGAGACAGUAUGUAAGACAGGAAUGGUGUUGCUCUGCGGGGAGAUCACAUCUCGUGCUAUUGUGGAUUAUCAGCGAGUUGUCCGAGAUGCAAUUAGACAUAUUGGCUAUGAUGAUUCAGCUAAAGGCUUUGACUACAAGACUUGUAACGUUUUAGUGGCACUGGAACAGCAGUCACCUGAUAUUGCCCAAGGUGUUCAUCUACACAGGAAUGAAGAGGAUGUUGGUGCUGGAGAUCAGGGUUUGAUGUUUGGUUAUGCAACUGAUGAAACAGAAGAAUGUAUGCCUCUAACAAUUAUUCUAGCUCAUAAACUGAAUGCCAGGUUAGCAGAGCUGAGGCGUAAUGGAGAACUUCCUUGGCUGAGACCUGACUCUGGUGAUGCUGGUGUUACUGGGCGGAAGAUCAUAGUGGACACUUACGGUGGCUGGGGAGCCCACGGAGGUGGUGCCUUUUCGGGCAAGGACUACACGAAGGUGGAUCGGUCGGCCGCAUACGCAGCCCGCUGGGUGGCCAAGUCUCUGGUGAAGGCUGGGCUCUGCCGCCGUGUCCUGGUCCAGGUUUCUUAUGCCAUUGGGGUUGCUCAUCCACUGUCCAUUUCAUUGUUCACUUAUGGAACUUCCCAAAAAACAGAGAAGGAGCUGCUGGACAUCGUACACAAAAACUUUGAUCUUCGACCCGGAGUCAUUGUCAGGGAUUUGGAUCUGAAAAAACCCAUUUACCAGAAGACUGCUUGUUAUGGUCACUUUGGAAGAAAGGAAUUCCCAUGGGAAGUGCCUAAAAAACUUGUGUUUUGACAUUAGCUGUCACCUCUUAAAAACAGAAAGGAAGUCCACUAAUGAUGAGGGUGCUUCUGAAAAUCAAAUUUGACAGCUUUGCAUUCAGCAAAAGGAAUUUUAGAUUUUAAAUGGAAAGAAAGAAAAGGAUAUUUUCUUGGAAAUUGAUUUUUUUUUAACCCUCAGUGUCUUUUAUUAUCCAAGAUAUAAUGGACAGAGUCUGUUUUUUCAAUCAGCAUAAGACAACAAAAUACAGUUUACUCUUAGCUGCUGCUCUGUUGGUUCUUUUCAUAAAGACAAAGUGUGACUCAGGUACUCAAACCAAUAGCUGAACCUCAAACCUUUGAUGGGCAAAGGUGAAGACAACUUUCCCAACUCUGACUAAGGAUCAGCAGAUCUCUUGCUUCUAAUUAGAUGAUGGGAAAUUCUGGGGUCCAAUUUCCUUACUGGAGUUAGCAUUGCAUACAGCUGGGGGUUGCUUUGAUGGGAGAAGGCUGAAUAUCACACAACCCUAUCUUGGCCUCUUUUGUAAAAGAUGUUAUCCUAUAUGUAAUAUUUAAAUCACUGUCACUGUAUAUGUGCUGUUAUUGUUGUGUUUCAAUUACCUGUGUUUUUGAAACAUAAGUGGUCUCCUAUGAAACAACAAUCAUAGAAUAAAAAGCUUUUUCCUACCCUGAAUGUAAA